GAGUGCGAAGGGUAUAGGAUGUUUACCCACCAGCACAAGCUUGAAUUAAACGCCUGCUCGGUGGGACCCUUUAAAAAUCAGUCAGUACUAGGUGUGCUUCAGCGCCGGCAGUGCGCAUUUAUUCGAGGUUCUGUUCCGCAAGCGUGAACUUCAGUUUUUGUUACAUUCUGCUGUGCAAGUAGCAGGAGCAGGAAAAUAUCGAUUUUUCUCGUCGGGAUUGGUUCCAUUGCGCUGUGUGAAAUACUUGUGAAAUUGAAGCUUUGAUUGUAUCAUAAGAGUAUGAGUACACGAUUGAAACGACCCGCUUCAGAAGGCAAUUCAUUCAACAUGUGGGUAUCAACUAACAAAGUGCUCAUUGGAUCUGUUGGGGGCCCGAAGAAGCCCCAUUGUAGAAAUCCAAACUUUGACUGCGAGGAAACCAAGCUACUUAUAUCUCUUUGGGGUGAUCCAAAAGUUCAGAAAACACUUGUUACGACACACCGUAAGAAUCCAGUAAUCGCUAAGCUGGCCACUAAGAUGAGAGAAUAUGGCUACAAUCGAUCAACCGAGGAGAUAAAUACGAGAAUUAAAAAUUUGAAAUGUUUCUACAAUCGAAUAAAAAAAGAUCUCGAAACCGGAGUUAUCAAUGAAACGUCGUGGAAACAUUUCCAGUCCAUGGAUGAGAUAAUGUUGCGACCAAUUUUCGGCAAUAAUCAUCAGCAUUCUAGCUCAGAUGGUAAAGAAGCAUCAUCAAGCGGGAGAAGUGCUCAAUUAUCCGACCAAGUUGAAGUUAAGCUAGAGAUGGUAACUGAUGAUGACAAGGAAAUCCGAACGGAAGAGCUGCUGAAAAAUGCCGAGCAAGUCGAACUAAAAGAACCCAAUUUGCUUAUACCAAAAGACGAACCGGUAGAUGCCGAUAAUGAGGAAGAUGACCCGAAUGAUCCCGAUUUUGUUAACGAUGGCGACGAUGAGGAUGAAACCAUGAGCGAAGAAAUAAGCGACGACUCUGAUUUCGACAUAAACGAUGAGCGUCGUCGAGCACGCUUACGUCGCCGAGCGUCACGCAAAGUAUCUAAAAAGAGUACGGAGAGCGUAACCGUUUCGGCCACUACAUCAACUACUUCGACAACAGUUUCAACGACUGUCACUACUUUGCAACCACCAAUAAUUGCACCACCGUCAGUGCAGCCUCCACCAAGCACAAUUAAAAUAAUUAACUAUGCCGGAAAACCUGGACUAUCUGGACUCAAUAUAUCAACGAUUGUUUCGAAUCCUAAUGUAGUUUCCUCACAAGCUGGACAAAAUGUAGCAAUUGUAUCGGCUUCGCCAACAAUGACCACCACUAGUAAUGCCGGGAAAAUUUCUCUCGUACCCACGAACUUUCUACUGAAACCGCAGCAGCCGAACAUUAACUUCAAUUCGCCAAUUCAACUUUAUACGAAACCCACCGUAUCUAUCGCUAAUAGUGCUCCGACAUCUGUGGUUGUUUCAUCAGCCUCUUCGGUACAGCCUAUGAAACUGUUACUGGUCAACACAGCUGGCUCUCAAAAGCAGCAAAUCUUCACGUCAGCAUCCAAUCAAAUGUACACCACGACUUCGACUCCCGUUGUCAAGACUACCCCAGCAACACAGAUAUCAAUUCAACCGAAGCCAAUUAUAACGAAUGCCACCAAUUUGAUGGCGACAAUAUCCCAGAAAAAAACAGAUCCUCCUCCUCCAAUGCCGGUUACCAUUGCGCCAGUACCGGUUCCUACGCCCAAACAAACCGGGUUCAAAGGAUUACUCAAUCAGUUGGUGUGCUUGCAACGUGAAAGUUUGGCCAUAUCGCGAAGCAGAAUGAACGUUGAGCGGGAACGGCUCAAUAAUGAAAAACAAAUGGCGUGCUCGCUAGUGGAAGCUCUGAAUGAUCUUAACAAUAUGCUCCAAAGCUACAGCAGUACUGUUAGUGUGGGGGAUGAUUUCGGUUUUGGAUCGUCUCAACAUUUCCCCCAGUCUAAUAAUAGUGCCGAUAAGGAAGCGAGAGUUAAUGAUGUCAAUCAGCCGGAUACACCCAUUGUUAGUAAUCUUAUCCCGGUGAUUGACACCAUUAAGGCGGAAGUAAUUAGCGACUCGGAUUAAAUCUAUUUCAGUCGGUGUGAUAUUCUGAAUAUACUCAAUUUUCGCUUGUAUUAUUUA